AUGGGUGCUCCUCGACGCAGGGACAGAUCCUCAUCUGGUGGAAGCAAGUCCAAAAAGAAGUCUUCCAAGAUCAGCAUCCCCAAGAGGUCGGUCCCGGUUACUCUUCUUUCGGGAUUCCUGGGAGCCGGAAAGACGACCUUGUUGCAGCACAUUCUCCGCGCCGAGCAUGGGCUGAAAAUAGCAGUCGUUGUCAACGACAUUGGAGCCAUCAACAUCGACGCGGCCCUAAUCAAGAAGACGCACAAGCUGACAAGAACGGAGGAAAAGGUCAUUGCCCUGCAAAACGGCUGCAUCUGCUGCACGCUAAGGGGGGAUCUUCUCGAGGAGCUGGUGCGCAUCUCUCGGCUUGAGGAGUUUGACUACAUCAUCAUCGAGAGCAGCGGCAUCAGCGAGCCGGAGCAGGUUGCCGAAACGUUCGACGCCCGCCUCGCCGAGCGCAUGGGCGACCUGGCGAGCGUAGACGCUGCCGCGCCGCUGGACGAGAAUACUGUGAGAGUCCUCAAGCAAAUCAAAGCGGCGGGCGGACUUCAAAAGUUUGCUCAUCUCGACACGACCGUUACUGUGAUUGACGCCUUCACGAUGCUGAAUGAUUUUGACACUGCGGAUAUCCUGUCGUCCCGUCGUAAUGACGUUACCGCGGAAGACGAGCGAACGGUUUCGGAUCUCAUGGUCGACCAGAUCGAGUUCGCCGAGGUCAUCAUUCUUAACAAAAGCGACAUGGUUGAUGAGGAAACUAAAAUGGCAGCCAUGAGCUUGAUCAGGAAGCUCAACCAUAGGGCCAAGAUUAUACAGUCUACCCGUGGCAAGGUGGAUGUCAAGGAACUCGUCAACACGGGAUUGUUCAGGCUGGACGUUGCCCAAUCCGGCUACGGGUGGCUCCAAGACCUCCACGAGAUGACGGUGCGCGAGGUGAAUGGACGAAAUGUCGCGACGCCCAAGCCAGAAACCGAAGAGUACAACAUCCAGAGUUUCAUUUACACGCGACGCAGACCGUUCCACCCUCGACGGCUGUUUCGCUUGGUCCAUGACAAGUUCAUUCUUCAAAUGGAGCAUCCCGACGAUGGCGAGGAAGAAGGGGAUGAACAAGACGCCGUCAUGGUCGAGCAUACCCAUGCGCUUCAUUCCGGAUCAGUCUCGGGGUCGGAGAGACGUGCUAGUGACUCGGAACAUUCCGAGAAGAACUCCGCAUCUACGGCCCGAACUGUGCCGUCUCUCGAAGGGGAGCCAGGGAAACACGCAAGCGACGACGAGGCCAUGGAUGUCGACACGGACACGGACAUGGACAUGGACAUGGACAUCCCAUCCAACGCCACAAUCCUGGCCAAUAAACGUGCCCAUCCCACCUUUAGACGUCUCUUUCGAUCAAAGGGCGAGUUCUUCCUGGCCACCCGCCCCCAUCGAGCGGGAGACUGGUCACAGGCCGGUGCCAUGCUGACCUUGACGGGCGGACGACCCUGGUUCUGCACGCUGCCGGCUGAAGCGUACACUACCGGCGAUAAAGAGGUCGAUGCUCUUGUUCAGCACGAUAUCAUCAAGGGCGGCCAGUGGGGUGAUCGCCGACAAGAACUGGUCUUCAUUGGCGAGAAGCUAGACCACGCAAGCCUGGAGACGCUGCUGGAUGAGUGCUUGCUUACCGAUGGUGAGAUGGGGGAGUGGGAAAAGGUCAUGACGGACGAGAAGCUUGACAGGGCGCUUCGUGUCGAGGUGCUGCAGGACGUGUUUGAUGAUGGAUUCCCAGACUGGACCGAAGAAGAUGAUGACGGUGAUGAGGGCCACCACGGCCACAAGCACACCAUUUACUCCAAACACAGUGGGUGA